CACAAUCCAGUAUGGCGGAAUCCGUGUGCGAGUGGAUCUGUCGCGGGCGCGCUCUCCAACGGGAAUAAAGUCCGGUGCGGUGCGUCCGAGCGCUGUGAAGCUGCGGAGAGUUCAAGCCGGUGAGAAGAAACCAACACGUUGGCUGGAUUACGGCCAUCAGGGCCUGUGAACAUCUGAGAGUCUACUUUCUUGGUCUCUCCACUAAUCUUUCCAAUCAGCAGUGGAUGGUGAGCGGCCAGCGAGACCCAGAGGAGCUGUGAGGUUCAACUCACGUCCUCACUCCUUUUGUGAUUGGGCUACUUCUCUUCUCUACUUUCUUCAGAGCUGUCAACGCAAUGACGUCUCGCAGUCGGCCAGAUGGACUUCCCAGUAAAGAACAGCCACUGGAACUUCUGAAGUCAUCUGGAGUCAACCACAUUCCUGCUGUUGAUGUAAGUGCCACACUGCCACAGCACGUCCCCUCGUCUGCCGUCCCCAUGGAUCUGCGUGUGGACCAUCAGUUGGCCCUGGCGCCCACAGAGCCGUCCCACCACGAGCAACAGCUCCAGCAGGAACUGCUGGCCCUCAAGCAGAAACAGCAGAUACAGCGGCAGCUGCUCAUCGCCGAGUUUCAGCGGCAGCACGAGCAGCUCUCACGCCAGCACGAGGUUCAGCUGCAGGAGCAUGUCAAGCAUCAGCAGGACCUCCUGGCCCUGAAACAUCAGCAGGAGCUGUUGGAGCACCAGAGGAAGAUGGAGAGACAUCGUCAGGAGCAAGAGAUGGAGAAACAGCAACGGGAGCAAAAGCUUCAGUUACUGAAGAACAAAGAACGCGGCCAAGAGAGUGCAGUGGCGAGUACAGAGGUGAAGAUGAGGUUACAGGAGUUUGUCCUGAAUAAGAAGAAAGCUCUGGCACAGAGGAGCCUGAACCACUGCCGGCCCAGUGACCCGCGCUACUGGUAUGGGAAAACUCAACACAGCUCCCUAGACCAGAGCUCGCCACCUCAAACAGGGAUAUCCACUUACAACCACCCGGUGCUGGGAAUGUACGACACCAAAGAUGACUUCCCGCUCCGCAAGACAGCUUCUGAGCCUAACUUGAAGCUUCGAUCCAGACUGAAACAGAAAGUGACAGAACGCAGAAGUAGCCCGCUGCUGCGGAGAAAGGACGGGCCUAUCACCACUGCUAAGAAACGCUCACUUGACCUGGCAGAAUCUGCAUGCAACAGUGCUCCUGGUUCUGGUCCAAGUUCACCCAACAACAGUUCAAACAACAUCACCAAUGAGAACGGCAUCACUGGAUCCAUCUCCAACAGUACAGUGGAGACAUCUUUGGCACACAGACUGGCGGGCAGAGAGGGUCCUGUUAGCCAGCUGUCUCUCUACACAUCACCAUCCCUUCCCAACAUCACUCUGGGCCUGCCAGCCACAGGCCCUUCCAGCGUGGCAUCUGGCCAGCCGGAUGGUGACAGGUUGGCAAUGCCAGGCUUGCAGCCAGGAAUGCCCAUAACCACUCCUUUCCUGCCAGGUGCCCACCUGCCUUCUUACCUGGCGGCAUCUACCUUAGAGCGAGACGCCAGCUCUGCACACAACACUUAUCUUCAGCAUAUGGUGCUUCUGGAGCAGAACUCCCUUGUCACGGGCCUAGGGGGCGUGGGCCUGCAGUCGCAUCCCAUCCACAAGCUUCGACAGCAUCGGCCCCUGGGUCGCACGCAGUCGGCCCCUCUGCCCCAAAACGCCCAGGCCCUGCAGCAGCUGGUGGUUCAACAGCAACAUCAGCAGUUCCUCGAGAAACACAAGCAACAGUUCCAGCAGCAGCAACUUCACAUCAGCAAGAUGAUGGCUAAGCCGAGCGAGCCGAGCCGACAGCACGAGAGUCACCCGGAGGAGACCGAGGAGGAACUAAGGGAACAUCAAGGUCUGUGCGACUCCACCGAGAGUCUUCCUCAUGGGGUCACCAUCAAACAGGAACCCCCGGACGAACAGGGUGAAGAGUUCCAGCAGAGAGAUAGACAAGCUGAAGAAGAGAUGCUCUUUAGGCAGCAAGCUCUCUUGUUGGAGCAACAGAGGAUUCAUCAGUUGAGGAAUUAUCAGGCAUCUAUGGAGGCGGCCGGUCUGUCCGUGACGUUUCCAGGGCAUCGGCCUCUGUCCAGAGCACAAUCCUCUCCAGCCUCAGCAACCUUUCCCAUCGUGGUGCAGGAACCGCCUGUCAAACCACGCUUUACCACCGGUCUGGUGUACGACACGCUGAUGCAGAAGCACCAGUGCAUGUGUGGAAACAGUAACAUACACCCCGAACACGCCGGUCGCAUCCAGAGCAUCUGGUCACGCCUGCAGGAGACGGGACUGCGCGGUCAGUGUGAGUGUAUUCGAGGCAGAAAAGCCACUUUGGAGGAGUUGCAGACGGUGCACACCGAGGCUCAUGUGCUGCUGUACGGCACAAACCCGCUCAGACAGAAACUGGACAGCUCGGUGACACCCAUGUUCGUGAGACUGCCAUGCGGCGGAAUCGGGGUUGAUAGUGACACUAUCUGGAAUGAAGUACACUCCUCCAGCGCUGCUCGUCUGGCCGUGGGCUCUGUGGUCGAUCUGGUCUUUAAGGUGGCAUCGGGAGAGCUGAGGAAUGGCUUUGCUGUGGUACGACCUCCAGGACACCACGCUGAGGAAAGCACUCCAAUGGGAUUUUGCUACUUCAACUCAGUGGCCAUUGCAGCUAAACUCCUGCAGCAGAGACUCAACGUCAGUAAGGUUCUCAUUGUAGACUGGGAUGUUCACCAUGGCAAUGGGACUCAGCAGGCUUUCUACAGCGACCCAAAUGUCCUGUAUGUGUCUCUGCAUCGCUACGAUGAUGGGAACUUCUUUCCCGGAAGUGGAGCCCCGGAUGAGGUGGGCACCGGUCCAGGUGUGGGGUUUAAUGUGAACAUGGCUUUCACUGGAGGGCUGGAGCCACCCAUGGGGGACGCCGAAUAUCUGGCAGCAUUCAGGACGGUGGUGAUGCCAAUAGCCAACGAGUUUGCUCCAGACGUGGUGCUGGUUUCUUCAGGCUUUGACGCUGUGGAGGGGCAUCCGCCACCGCUCGGAGGAUACACACUAACGGCCAAAUGUCUUGGCUACCUGACCAGGCAGCUGAUGGGACUGGCCGGCGGUCGGGUGGUACUUGCCCUGGAGGGGGGUCACGACCUCACCGCUAUUUGUGAUGCCUCUGAAGCAUGUGUUUCUGCUUUGCUUGGAAACGAGCUGGACCCUCUCCCAGAAGAAGUCCUACAGCAGAGGCCGAACUCCAACGCUGUUCAGUCCAUGGAGAAAGUUCUGGAAGUUCACGGUAAAUACUGGCGCUCACUGCAGCGGUCGGCCUCCACGCUGGGCUACUCGUUGCUGGAGGCGCAGCGUUGUGAAAGCGAUGAGGCGGAGACCGUGACCGCUAUGGCCUCCCUGUCCGUGGCCAACAAGCACAUGGGGAAGAGGACAGAGGAGGAGCCUAUGGAAGAGGAACCUCCAUUGUAGAAGGUCCGCUGAACUUCCUUGGCGACUCUUUUGGCUCGGAGCCUCUCCGGGGCAUCUGACCUCACUCUGCUCUCUCCAUCCGUUUCAUUUAUUGCCUCGGCUCUGCCGGGCACGACGUGUGCACUUUGAGCACCGGAACCGAAACGGUCUGAAGAACUCUCCAUAACAACCAGAGUGCAACAGUACAAAAACCAUCUCAGCUGGGUCUCUGUAUGUGCCAGUGUCCAGGACGCUGUUCCCAGUCUGUCCACAAGGGGCACUUUUGAGCAGAACAAAGACUCACGUUCCAUUGUUAGAUGUGAGAGCUGGUGCUUUCAACAAAAACUUUUCCUUUUCUUCAUUUUCCAGAGCCACUAAAUAGCCCACGUGACUGAUUUUGGCUGUGGGCCUCAUUACGGCCGCAUCCUUUUGUCGUUUAAUUUUUUUUACGUUGUUUUUGUCGAUAAAAUAAUGACAUUCAUUCCAUUUGUCAUCCAAGUUACUGCUAGGCGCUUCUGACGAUAAUGACUAUUGACCCCGGAGGGCGGAGAAUGAGAUCUGAGAUUGAGAAAGAGCGAAGAAUUCUGGGAAACCCCCACACACAGAGCCAUGAGAGCGACGAUGCGAGUUUGUGCCUUUUUCGAAAGAGUUUUCGUGAUGGAUCGAGAAGAACAUUGCCUUAAACUAGUUACAGGAGGGAAGACGUCCCACCACCCCGUUUUAUUGUUUAAGGGGUGGGGACGCUUGAGGGUCAAAGGCUGGCCUGAAGAUUCGAGAAACCCUCCGCAUGUUUACCAGGAACUCCCCGCAGACAUCUUCAAGUUUCACGCACGCUAUAAACCUUUUCACCGUUUUACGUUGAUUCAUUUUACUGUGCUUGUGUCGGACAUUACAUAACUUGAACUCGUGUCACUGACAAAUGAACUUCUAAGGUAGUUGCCGACUUCUCCAGUGCUUUAGAAGGCAAGCCAAUGUAGCGUCUUGUUCAACUUCAAUGACCAAAUACGCACCUCAAGUUCCUCAAAGGGUUGACCAGCAUGCACCGUUUCAGAACAGCUUUCCAUCUGCCAAGUUUCACUUUAAAUCUUAUAUGUAGAUUAACAGCAGCAACUACAAAAAAAGAAAAACUUCAAAUAUUCGAGAGCAUGAGUUUACUGUUAACCCCAGCAGUUUUUCGCCACUAGCUGCAUUCACACAUGAUAGGGCUCUAAUGACAAAUUUGUGGUUUAAAAGAAAUCACUUUCUAUUUUUUCUCGUCUCAACACAUUGUACUUUUAUAGCUACGAAUGUCUCGAUUUCUUUACAGUUAAUCAAGGGCACUAGCUUAUCACCAACGUUAUUCUACUCGGCAAUUUUAUCGACACCUUUGAACCAAGAGCAAAAGGGCUGGUUAACGAUUUUAAAUGUACCACUGAGCCUUUAGAUGUGCCACCUGGUGUGAUUUAGUGCUGGUGUAAAGCGUCACAUUGCCUGCCGUCCGCCCUGAGCUAAGGCAACGAUGCGAAGGGCUUUCACUAGGGGCAGGUGCUACAGAACAUGUGCUUGUCACAUGACACAAUCCAGGAAGUAGCGGGACCACCAGCUUCCACUCAGAAAACAUUCGUAAACACCUCUGAGACAACUGUGAUACUCGGACAAUCUGCAUGGGACUUUGUAGUUUAGGAGCCGUGCCCUUUCAGUUAAAGGGCCGGCGUACCGAUGCUUCUCAACAGCACAUAGAAGUGUGUGUGUGUGUGUAUAUAUUUAUAUAUACGCAAUUAUGCAUGCUCACGGUAAAACAUUUGGCUUGACUUUGAUUGUACAUUUAAUUUUUUGGGAUUCUGGACUGAUUCAGAGGUAAUGAUUUGUUUGACAACCCUUCUGCUUGGGCUCACGCGACUACCUUUGGCAUUCUUUAACUGUGUAUCAUGUAGGUUGAAUUAGGAAAGAUUUGACUCACUGUUGCCAUUGUUCUUUGACUUUAUUUUAUAUGCGCCUGUCACUCAUGACUACUCCACUUUUUGACCCAUUUCCUGUAUUCCUUAUUGUGUUUUGUCUUGUUUUUGUACUUUUGAAUUUUCUUUGUUGGCCUUUUUAUAGUUGACAAUGUGUUUAACAUGCUUAAAAACAUGCUUAAUUUCUCAUUUCUUGGAGAGAAACAACAGGCUUUCCGGACAUUCUUGGGGUCUGUUUUUUUAUUGUCAUUUUGUUUAUUUUGUUGUUUUUUUUAUGCGGUGGGAGGGAGAUGGUUUUACUUUGUAUAUCGAUUCCAACAAUUGUGUAUUUACUACGUUCUGUUCAUAGUAGAUUUAUAUGACAAAGAUCUAUAGAUAUAUUAUAUAUGAUAAAGUUUGCAGACUCGAAUGAGAAAUUAGUAUUGCAAAGUAUCAGUAUAUGUGGUCUGGCUUUGCCCAUUACUGGUUUCACUAUAGGCACUGUUUAAAGCUGCCGUUGGUUUCAUUCAUUUACAGUCGCAUUAGUUUAGAGACUCGUCAUGACUUCACUCUUUUUUCUGACACGCUUUAUAAAUUCCUGUACAAAAAAAGACCCCGAUAAAGACUCUUACGGCCUGUAAAUUUUACUGGUAAACGUUGAUUUUGUUGGAGCAAGUAGAUACUGACAUCACAACUAGGAUAAACCUUUAAAUUGAUGUUAUUUUUGUGCUUUUAAGACACUUUAAGUAGGUUUGAAUUAGAAGUAAGGUGGAUCUCACAAAACCAGCCGAGAUGUUUCGGUCACAUUUCACCCUGCAAUUCAAAAAAUCAAAAUAUUUGAUUUAUUCAUAUAUAAAAAUGAAUAAAUAAAUUCAAAUAAAUAAAUAUUGUUGUAGUCCAGAAGCAGUUAAAAGAUACAAAUUUAUGGUUAAUAUUUAACUCAUUUCCCGCCAGCCUUUUUUUAAGUUGCCCGGCUGCAUUAUUUGUGAUUUUCACAAGUUUCACAAAAUGCCUUUUAAGAAAAUUUUCUUCUAAAAAUAUAUAAACAUAAAAUUGAAACUUAAAUUAAACCAAAAAUAUUUGUUAAAACAUAAAAAAGUUAAUUAAAAUAAAUAAAUAAUUUUUAUAUUUCAGAAGGGGUAAGACGAUACAAAAUUAUGGUUAAUAUUUAAGUGAACCUUUACAGGAAAGGCUGCAAAUCAAAAAAUAAAAAGAUUUGAAACUUAAAUAACAUCAAAAAUAUUUUUAAAACAUGUAUAAAUUAAUUAAAAUAAAUAAAUAUUGUUGUAGUCCAGAAGCGGUUAAAAGAUACAAAAUUAUGGUUAAUAUUUAACUCAUUUCCCGCCAGCAUUUUUUUUUUAAAGUUGCCCGGCUGCAUUAUUUGUGAUUUUCACAAGUUUCACAAAAUGCCUUUUAAGAAAAUUUUCUUCUAAAAAUAUAUAAACAUACAAAUUUAUUAAAUGAAAGAACAGACCCUCUGCUUUCAAAUAAACAAACAAACAAAACGGGAAAUUUUUUUCAUCCUAUCUAUAGUUUUUCUUUGCUAAUAAACUCUUAAAUAUGGGUUUUUUCUAGCAAAAAUCUGAAAUAAUUGCAUUUUUGUGAAGGAAUUUAGUUAAAGAAUCAGAACAAUUAUAAAAACAUACAUAGAGUUUAAAAUUAAUAAAUAUUUUUUGCUUAAAUUUUUUUUAUACAUUAGGGACGUGCGCCAUCUAGUGGAUAAUCACAAUAUUACAGAUAACCAUAAAAACUCACCAGGAACAAGUUUUUCAUGCAAAUGUGUUUUCUUAAUUGACGAGAUAACUCGUCAAUGGCGGGGAAAGAGUUAAGUGAACAUUUACCAAAGGUAAAAUAAAUUAUCCAGUAACUUUACAAUAAUAAGAGUUUGCCGUUUGUCUAAUCAUCGUGGAAAGUUACAAAUAUUGUUUUAUUUUUUAUGCUUUUUUAUUUUAGGUUGAAACGUGACAUGGAUGUGGUUCUGUGAGAUUUUAACCUAAUGAUGUCAGUGUUUACUCUGUGAACUCUUUUGAUUGUUUAAAUCAGUCUUACUCCUUUAAGGCAUCAUCUCUUUUUGGGCCUUUUGAAGUAUCAUGUCCACUACGUCCGACAAAUCUCUACAAAAUUACUUUUUUAAAAGUACAGACACUGACAAAAAUAUCAUUUACUAGUGUAAAACUAAACUUGAUGUUAGUUUUUUGCUUUUAUACGGAGCCCCUAAGGGGACAUGGAGCAAAAAUAAAAUUAAGUUUAGUUUCACGUGAGCGCGCGAAACUAAACUUAAAAAAAAAAAUCUGCACAUGAAGGUUUCGCGUGAGCACAUGAAUCUAAACUUUGGAUUUUUUUACUCCAAUGUCACCUUAGGGGCUCGGCACUUUUAAGACUAAGUAGGUUUGAAUUAGAAGUAAGGUGGAUCUCACGAAACCAGCCGAGAAGAUGUUUGGGUCACAUUUCACCCUGCAAAUAAAAAAUUGAAACUUAAAUUAAACCAAAAAUAUUUGUUAAAACAUAAAAAAGUUAAUUAAAAUAAACAAAUAAUUUUGUAUUUCAGAAGGGGUAAGACGAUACAAAAUUAUGGUUAAUAUUUAAGUGAACCUUUACAGGAAAGGAAAACUAAAUUAUCCACUAACUUUCCAAUAAUAAGAGUUUGCCAUUUGUGAGUUGUUGUGAAAGCUCCCAAAUAUUGUUCAUCACAAACACAGUUUAUUUUUUAUGCUUUUUUAUUUUAGGGUGAAAUGUGACAUGGAUGUGUUUUUGUGAGAUUUUGACCUGAUGAUGUCAGUGUUUACUCUGUGAACUCUUUUGUUUGUAAAAUCUGUCUUACAUUAUCUAUUUUGGGCUCGACAAAUCUCUACUGAAUUACUUUUCGAAAAGUACAGACACUGACAUUGGAUGAAAUCAUCUCGGACAUGUAAAGCAACAUUCCCAAAGAGCUUUGUAAUAAGAGCACUAACACUAAAGUCAGCCCAUCUAUACAAUCUUACAGGAUCAUUACAGUUCCUCAUUUUUGUAUAAAAAAGCAUUCCAUUAGUUUCCUUAUUUUUUUAACCUUUGACAUUACGUCAUUCCUGCCAAUUUACCACGAUGCCUGGCCUGAGCGUUGUUUAUUUGCAGGUCAGAGUUUAUUUCAUCGUCUUUCCGUCACAGCUGUAGAUUUCUGCAUGGUUUGUGCGUCAGCAUGCCCGUCUGUCCUGUAACAUAUUUGCACAGAGGAGGAACACAGGAGGUUUGAUGCUUUUACAAUAUAUCGAUGGACACGAGAUGGAAGUUGUUAUUUUUCCUUCUCGUUUUCUGGUCAGUACGCAGAUGGAACGAUGCUCUGUUUCCUACAGAUGUGCUUUUUACUUGUUUCAAAAAAACGAACGAAAGACUUUUGAAUAUUUUACAAGAAGUUAUCUAGCACUUGUGACAUACAGACUAUAGACUUUAUUGUAUUUAUGUAGAGCCUUGUUUUAGGUGAACUGCACACUACACCACACGUUAGAUUGCCUGUGUGACGACUUCUUGCUUUAUGAUUUGUUUUUCUAGUUUUCCUCUGGAUGUAUUUUUGGGGCUAGAGGAGGACUAGGAAAAGAUGAGGGUUGUUCCUUUACGUCUGGAAUCAUCAAAGGGCUUUUCCAGAUGCGUGACGGAUGUAUCUUAAGUUUGUCAGAAAGAUAAAAACACACUUAUCAGCCAGUAAUACCUGUGACCACUGUGGCUCGAGAACACUCUAGGUUUACAAAAUGUAAGAAAUGCAUAUUAUUUUUGUCACUUUGUUUUUUUUUUUUCAUUGUUACAAUAGAAAUUUUCUUGGGACCUUUGCUCUAACGUCUGUCUUUGACAUCAAUUAUAAAGUACCUUGUUUUUGAAUACCACAA